AUGAAAGUGUCUAGCAAUUUGCUCUGUCUCUUUGGCACUUUAGCUUUUGUAAUAAGUUUUGUGCAUGCAAAUCACAACAAUGCACUAAGUUGUCCAAAUAGCCAACAUUUGGUUGGAGCAAUUGGUGGUGUUAUCGAACAAAGCUCUCGUGUUGGAAGAGAACAAAAGAUAGCCAUGGAGAUGGCUGUCAAUAACUUUUGCAGAAUGAAUAAUGAUACUUGUUCUUGCCCCAUUUUGUACCUCAAGGAUUCUCAGGGAAACCCGGCUCGUUCAGUUUAUGAAGUAAUGGACCUUAUGGAGGGCAAAGAAGUUCAAGCAAUAAUUGGAGCAAUUAGUCCUCAAGAAGCUAUUUUAGCUGCUGAAUUUGAUAAGUCUACCAAGAACAUUCCAAUCAUUUCUCUAACCCCAACAGCCAUACCUUCACUUCCACAAUCAGCAGCACUGUCAUCUUUUGUUCAAAUGAGUCAUGAUAUCGGAAUCCAUAUGCAAUGUAUUGCCGCCAUACUUGGCCACUUUGGUUGGAGAAAAGUCACACCAAUUUAUGAAGAUCACGGCACAUUUAGCUCCAGUCCUGGUCUCUUAAUGCAUCUCUCUGAUGCACUCCACUUAGUCGAUUCAACCAUUGAACGCCACUUAACAUUCCCUCCUUUGCAUUCUUUAUCAAACCCAAGCAGCUUCAUUGAAGAAGAGCUAAAACGGUUCAAGAUGAAGGAAAAUAGGGUCUUCAUUCUGUUAAAAUCAUCUCUAAGAUCAUGUAUCCUACUAUUUGAGAAAGCAAAGCAAUUGGGCAUGAUGGAAAAGGGAUAUGUAUGGAUCAUAUCUGAUGAUAUAUCGAGCCUUUUUGAUUCAGUUGACCCAACUGUUUUAUUGAGCAUGCAAGGUGUGGUGGGAUUCAAAACUAAAGUAGUAGAAACCAGCGAGUCUUUUAAAAACUUCAAAUUUCAGUUUCGAAAAAAGUUUAGAACCAGAUAUCCAAAUGAAGACGAGUAUUCGAACCCUAGUAUCUAUGCACUGCGCACUUAUGAUGCAACAUUGGCUGUUGCUAAGGCGAUUCAAGUUUCAAAAGGAUCGGGUUCAUCAAUGAAGUUACUAAAAAACAUUACACUUACUGAAUUUGAUGGUGUUAGCGGCUCUAUAAGCUUUAAAGAUGGAAAAUUUGCUCAACUUCCAACCUUUAGCAUAAUUAAUGUAAUUGGUAAAAGCUACAGUGAGAUUAACUUUUGGUCCCCAAAGUUCGGGUUCUCAAAUGAUAUGCAUGGAAACAGAGCUGCGGGCCUGGAUUCGAUAAUUUGGCCUGGUGGAACUCAACAAACUCCAACUGGUCAAGUGGCAAGAAAUGAAGGGAACCCACUGAAGAUAGGAGUGCCAGCAAAAGGGGCAUUCAAACAAUUUGUCAACGUGAGUUAUGCAGCAGACAAGAAUGAAACCUAUGUGACUGGUUUUUCGAUACAAGUUUUUAUUGCGGCUGUGAAGCAGCUCCCUUAUUCAUUGUCUUAUGUCUUCAUACCAUACUAUGGCUCAUAUGACGAGAUGGUUGGUGAAGUUCAUAACAAGACUCUGGAUGCGGUUGUUGGUGAUACAGAAAUAAUGGCAGAUCGGUAUGAGUAUGCUCAGUUUUCUCAACCUUACAUGGAGUCAGGAUUAGUCAUGGUGGUACCCCUAAAACAAGAAAGCAUGAAGGAAGGGUUUAUCUUCCUCUAUGCCUUCACAACAAAAAUGUGGAUUGUAUUAUUGGCAAUGACAAUAGGCACAGUUUCAGUUGUCUGGUUUAACGAACACGUACACGGGAGCGAAGACUUUAAGGCUUCAUCUGCGUUGGAUUGUUUUAGCAAGAUGCUUUGGUUCUCAGUUGCAGUUUUGUCAUUGGCACAUAGGGAAUUGAUUAAAAACAAUCUGUCUCGGUUGGUGCUGGCUACAUGGUUUUGUGUAAAUGUGAUUGUUGCUGCCUGUUUCACUGCUACACUAUCUUCAAUUAUGACGGUUUCAAGAUUUCAACCGUCAGUAUCUCUUCAAAGUAAUGAUGUGGUUGGGUGCAAUGGAAAUUCUUUCAUUGUUCGAUAUUUGGUGAAUGUUUUGCAUUUUAGUCCCGAGAACAUUAGGCAUAUUAAUUCCAUGGAUGAUUACGACGAUGCAUUCAAGAAGGGAGAGAUAGCAGCGGCUUUCUUUGUAACUCCACAUGCCAAUGUCUUUAUUGCAAAGUAUUGCCACAGCUAUGAAAAGACUGGACGGACUCACAAACUUGGCGGUUUUGGUUUCGUGUUUCGGAAGGGAUCAACAUUGGUGGAAGAUAUUUCUGAGGCAAUUCUAAAAGUAACACAAAAUGGAGAGAUAGAUGCUUUAGAGGGAAACAUGCUUAAAUCCUUUUCUAACUGUUCUCAACUAAUUCAAGAAUCCGAUGGUUAUGGACGUCUAGGCCCUGCGACGUUCUGCGGUAUGUUCAUGAUUUCAGGUGGCAUUUCUGCACUUGUGUUCCUCACCACAUUGGGUCGUCUAAUAGCCGAAAAUCAAGACUGGAUUUGGAAAUUGACACUAUCAAAUCUCAUGAAGAGAAGAGUCGGGAAAUGGGUGACAAUGCUACUCCAUAACAGAUAUCCUAAUCCUGGCGUAGAGUUGCAAUGA